UAACAUACCUUGAGUCUGUCGGGUAGUGUUUGCGAUUUACAAUUAUUUAGGCAGCUUUGUCUUACUAUUUAUGUUUGCUUGUUUUUGACUGGUCUAACCGUCAAUCAGUUUAUAAUCAAUGUCUGUUGGUGAAGAGAGAAGUCACAAGAAUUGACAAGUGCAGGAAAUGCGAGAUGCAGUUGGAGAAUAUGUCCCUGGUUAGGUGUUGGAUGUCAGGGAGAAAUGGAGUAUGAAAAAGGCGGUUAUACCGUAAUAUUCAAUAUGAUUGGGUGAAGCAUCGUCUUGGAAUGGAAAGAAGGGUGGGAGACCUUUUUUCAUCAGUCAUGGGUGUUCUUUUUCUACUUGGAUUAUUAGUGCAUGCAUCAGAGACGAUCGGAGGACAUCAAUGCGUGCCACUUUGCAUUUGUAAGCUCGCCGGAGCUCAAGCAGAAUGGCGCAAAGUUAAAUGCGAUGGUCACUCACAUCCAAUACAGGACCUGAAGGACAUCAAUUUCAAUGACAUUGCAGUUGAAUUACUUCAAUUAGACUUGAGUUCGAAUUCCAUCUAUGCUAUUCAAGUUGAUGUUUUCAAGAAUUUAACGAAUCUUAGACGUCUUGAUCUCUCUGCUAACAAAAUUACUGCAUUGGAUGAGGGAUCCUUUCAUGGAUUGAAAAACUUGGAAAGACUAAACUUGAGCGAGAACCAAAUUUCUGUAAUUCAUAUAAAUGCUUUUAGACAUUUAACAAACCUGAAGACUCUAGACUUGUCUGCAAAUAAAAUAAGUUCAAUGGAGGCGUCCCUAUUUCACGAUCUGUUGGCGUUAUUUCGAUU